AUGUUACAGUUGCCCAAAUUCGAUCGAAAUUCCAAAGAAGCGGAAGGAAAGUGCAAGUGCCGGCCCGUGUGCAAAAGUCGUCGCCGCCAAUGGAAGGGGAAGACCCAGAACACGUCGGCUGAACUGCUUCUGGACAGAAAACCACAGCCGCUGUGCUUUAGGAGAUGUCCUACUAAAGUGUUCCCAAACAGCCCGUGUCCAUUGUUCGGGCGGACACGUCACGUCAUCAUAAACGAGCGAGAUGCGCUCGCGCCGCCACCAAAUGUGGUGCGUGUUUGCCAAGCACCUGUAGAUGACCACGUGGAAACUCCCUACUUGAGAUACGUGGAAAUAGCCAAGCAGAACGGGGCAUGGGACAUGGUGCAAGCAUGCUGCGCUUUCUGUUCAUGCGGUCCAUGCUGUCCAUGCAGCGUCGGCAGUUACAUGCUGCAUGACGAGGAGCGGUCGGCGCGGCGGAAGAGCGACAUGCGCGAGUUCGAUUCCCGGGUCAGGAGCACUUAUCAGGAAAUGAGGAUUAUGUAUGACAAACCGUGA